GUCCGCCAUUUGUCUUGCUUGUGUCAUUUUUUGUCAUGCGCGUUCGACGAUGCUACGAUUUUCGUGCUCAUGAGUGUUUUCAACAGUGAAUUUAAACUUUGUUGGUGAAGUGAAAACUUGUGUUGCUCUGUGAGAAACCGGUGCUGAAGUUUCAGUCUAGUGUUUUUGUGUUAAAACAAACUAACACGAUGAAUAAAACGUGCGCUAGGUGUGAAAAAACAGUUUAUCCCACUGAGGAGUUGAAAUGUUUGGACAAGACGUGGCACAAGGGCUGCUUCAAGUGCCAGGAGUGCGGCAUGACGCUCAACAUGCGGACCUACAAGGGUUACGGGAAGCUGCCCUACUGCGAAUCGCACGUGCCCAAAGCGAAACACACGACAAUGGCUGAAACACCGGAACUGAAGCGGAUAGCCGAGAACACCAAGCUGCAGAGCAACGUUAAGUACCACGCCGACUUCGAGAGGUCCAAGGGGAAGUUCACACAGGUGGCCGACGACCCCGAGACGCUGCGCAUCAAGGCCAACACGAAGAUCAUCAGCAACGUGGCGUACCACGGCGACCUCGAGAAGAAGGCGCACAUGGAGCGCCAGCGCCAGAUCAACGAGAACGGCGAGAUUGUCGACGUCACCUCAACGGACAACUACCAUCAGCAAAUCGACAACUACGCCUCGGAAAUGCUCUCUGCCAACGUCCCCCCUCCCAACCUACCCCAGAAAACCCACUACCAAACCCCCCAACCAACCCAACAACAACAACACCAACCGCCCAGACCGCAACAAAACCAGGAAUACUACAAACAACAACAGAAAUACGACACUGACUACAACUACACACAACAACAGUACCCAACCCAGUAUUCCAACUCAUCCAAUCACACGCCACAAUACCCCACCCCUCCCCAAUACGCGAGUCCGCCGCCGCACGCGGCAUACCAGCCGGCCAAUCAGAAUCAAUUCCCGAACCCGCCCGCGCAAUACUCCAAUCCCGCGCCAGUAAACUCCAACUACGCCCCACCCCCUACCCAAUACGCUGCGCAGACGCAACAGUACGAUGAUUAUAAGUACUCGUAUGGGCAGUACCAACAGCAGAACUUUGGGGUAGGUCAACAGCAGAAGAUUGGCAGAAUCCAGGAUUACGACCCGUUGAGUGAUGGGCCGCGGGCGCCGGUCAAUACCCAGAGGGCUAGCACCACGCUAAUUUAUAACAGCACUAGUGAUGGGAAGAAAGGGAACGGCACCCACCAGCCCAUCCAGCAGCAGUCGCGUUCCAUCGGGCGAGUCCACGACCUCGAUCCUCUGGUCGACGAACCGCCACCACACAACAACGCCAACAGCGCUAGCCAGAGAGUAUACGUAGCGAUGUAUGACUACGAAGCCAACGAUAGCGAUGAGGUAUCAUUCCGCGAAGGCGACCUGAUCUCCAACGUGACGUCGAUAGACUCCGGCUGGAUGACGGGGCAGGUCCUGCGCACCGGCCGCACCGGCAUGCUGCCCGCCAACUACGUCGAGGUGCAGCAACACUAGAUGGGGCGACACUUAGACAAGAUACGGCGACACUAGGGCAGAUACAGCGUCACUAAGGCAGAUAGAGCGAAACUAGGGCAAAACAAUAGUAGACAAGAUAAUACGACACCAUAGCAGAUACAGCGACACUAAGGCAGAACAACAAUAUAGGCAAGAUAUGGCGACACUAGGGCAGAACAACACUAGACAAGAUAGGGCGACACUAGACCAGAUACAGCGACACUAGGGCA